AUGAAAGCACUCAGUGCAGGUAAUAAAGAAGUGAAAAGUCUCAUCGAUGACCUCUUAUCAAUUCAGCGUAAAGCAGAGUUGGCUGGAGAAGACCAGGCCAAACAACUUACAGACGUCAAUCUACGUCAGACCGUGUCUGAUAUAUUCGGAGCGGGACUAGACACCACGAUCAACACGUUAGAUUGGGCUGUUGCUUACUUAACGUAUUACCCUGACGUGCAGUCCAAGGUACAGAGAGAAAUCGAUGACGUCAUUGGUGAUGGUCGUCUACCACUGUUAUCUGAUAAAGGAAAACUACCGUACUGUGAAGCCGUUAUACACGAGCUCAUGCGAGUAAGAACAAUUGUCCCCUUUGCCUUACCUCAUACUACUACUGUGGAUACGUCUGUAGGUGGGUACGCAAUACCGAAGGAUACAUGGAUUUGGUGUAACGUGUGGAAUGUCCAUAUGAAUGAGAAACAUUGGGAAAAACCAGAAGAGUUUCGUCCAGAACGAUUCUUAGAUGCAGAUGGAGGAUUAUUGCCUCAUCCAGACAGUUUCAUGCCCUUUUCAGCUGGACGCAGAGUGUGUAUGGGAGAAGCAUUGGCUAAGAAUGAGCUGUUUCUCCUUUUCGCGAGUGUGUUCCAACACUACACAUUCAAGGUACCAACCGACGGCGAGAAGCCAUGCUUGAAGACGCAUUGCGUUGGGCAGACUAUAAGAGUCUGUCCAUACAAGGUUAUUGCCGUUGAGAGAAUGAAAUGAAUCAACCAAUGUGUCAACGAUUUCAGAAAAAAUACACUUAACUUUAGCACCAAGAAAUUACAUACUAACAGAAUUAUAUGAUAUAAUUGAUCAUAAAUAAUCCAGUGUCCCCUUAACCGCAUCUCCCAACCUAACAGUAUUAGCGAGUGUGUAUUUUACCGAUCAUUUCAAUUGCAGUCGUUUAUUGCAUUUAUUG